AUGUCCCUCCUCAUCCGACGAGCGGUCACAACCACUCUCCCUUCGUGCACCUGCUCCACGACCAUCCUCGCGCGGCGCACGACCUGGCUCUCCUCCGCAUUGCACACCUCUUCCUCUUCCUCUUCGACCGCCUCCAGUUCCACCUCCACCUCUGCGAAUCCCUCGCCCUCCUCUACAUCACCACCCCCACCACCCUCGCGCUAUGCGCUGCCCAAAGGCCUGGUGCUGAACGGGUUGGUGACCCAAGCCGGCGUCGCGGCCCAAACGACGACCGUCACCGUCGAGCGUCAGCAGACCCAUCACAAGACAUUGAAGGUGAGCGAGAAAAAGAAGACUACCUAUGGUAGCAUCACACCCUGACCUGACGUUCCCUCCUUCCCUCCUUCCCUCCCGAACAGGCUUUCAAAACGCACAAGAAAUAUCUCAUUCACGACCCUUUAUCGCAAUGCGUCAUCGGUGAUCGAGUCGAAAUAAGGAAUUGUAAACCCGUUUCGAAACGCAAGAGGUUCGAAUUGAUCAAGGUACUCAAGGCGUCGAGGCAGAGGGAGUCCGCUGCUGGGGUCAUCGCCCAGCAAGAGAGGGAAGAGGGCUUGUAG